CAGAGCUUCUCGCCAAGCCCAGCUUUCAGGGGUCUCCCCACUGUUUUGUAUCCGCCAGCCUGCGUCAUUCUGCCCCGCCCCCGCGCAGAACAUUUGGUUGGGGCUCAGCAAGGCUCCGGCACCGAAGCACAUCAUCCGAUCUUGCCCAGGACCCCUAUCCCAGAGGUUUGGCGAUAGCUUCAUAAAGUAAACAGAAGGCCACUCUUCACUAAUAGUAAAUAAUCAGACACAAUGGCCCCCAAAGCUAUCAUUGCCCCUUCCAUUCUCUCGGCAGACUUUGCCGAUCUCGGCGCGGCAUGCUCGAGGACUAUCAAGCAAGGUGCCGACUGGCUCCAUGUUGAUAUCAUGGACGGCCACUUCGUCCCCAACCUCACCUUCGGCCCCCCAGUUGUCGUCAAGAUCCGCUCCCAUGUUGAGAAGCCCGCCGAGUCCUUUGGCAAGGGCACCUUUGACUGCCACAUGAUGAUCGCUGAGCCCAAGAAGUGGGUCAAGGAGUUCAAGAAGGCCGGGUGCGAUCUAUACUGCUUCCACUACGAGGCCGCCAUCAACUCGUCUGCUGCUGAGAGCCCCGAGGGCAAGUCGGACGAGAAGACGAGCCCGAGGGAGCUGAUCCGGUACAUUCAUGACCAGGGCAUGCUGGCCGGUAUUGCUAUCAAGCCGGCUACUCCCGCUAAUGUGCUGUUUGACUUGAUUGAGAGCGAAGAUCCUAAGGAGAAGCCUGAUAUGGUUUUGGUUAUGACUGUCGAGCCUGGAUUUGGUGGCCAACAGUUCAUGGCUUCUGAGCUGCCCAAGGUGGAGGAGUUGCGGAAGCGGUACCCGGACUUGAACAUUGAGGUUGAUGGUGGGCUGGGACCUGGCACGAUCGACCAGGCUGCGGACGCGGGUGCCAAUGUUAUUGUUGCUGGCAGUGCGGUGUUCGGUGCGAAGGAUCCCUCCGAGGUGAUUUCUCUGCUCAGGGAGGCCGUCGAGAAGAGGAGUGGCAAGUUAUAGAGGUGUAGCACGGUGUGAGAUAGGUGACUCGAAAUGCAGAUGCCGCUGCUCUUGACAACUGUUCUAUUUAAGAGCAAGACUUGCACCAGUAGGCAUCAAGGAACGGAGAUAGGGGUGUUUGGCGCAGUGGUCAACCGCGGUGUGUGGUUUAU